UACUAUUGUCAGUUUAAAAAGUCAAAACCUGUAAUUUAUUUAUUUCUAUUGGCGUCUUUUCAGAUCUCUCUGACCUGGUUUAAAAUUAAAGCAUUUAAAGGACGUGAUCCCUAAUUAUAAAAAAAAAUAUUCAGACAACGCUUUUAAUAUAAUACUAGUUUAAAAAUGUCUGCCUUAGCGUUCAAAGUGAAAAGCAAAAAUGGUCAACAAGUACUAAAAGAUUUGACCUCUAAUAGUACAGUGGGUGAACUAAAAAUGUUUCUGUCUAGUUUAACGGACGUUAGUUGCGAGAGGAUUUGUGUGUUGUGCGGCUAUCCACCGAAGCCUAUCGACACCAGUGAUGACAAUAAGAAACUAAGUGAUAUAGGAUUGAAAACUGGGGAAACCUUGAUAAUUGAAGAGAAAACGGCUCCAGCGGCACCAGCUCAACCUAGUAAACCCGCCAAACCCGUAGAGAAUGGCGUGGUUUCACAUGAAACAAUAGGGCCUUGCAGACCUGGUAUUCUAAUGAAGAAAGUAGUGCCAUCUGACAAUUCGUGUCUUUUUACUAGUAUAGGUUUUGUAUUAAAUGGCAAUGUUGACACAAGUGUGCAUACAUUGAUGCGUCAGAUCAUAGCAAUGGAGGUAGCCAGCGAUGUGGAGACGUACAGUGAGGCGAUGCUUGGCCGGCCAAACGCUGAAUACUGUGUCUGGAUACAACAGCCCAGUUCCUGGGGUGGUGCUAUAGAAGUAGCGAUUCUGUCCCGUUUCUACGGUCUGGAGAUGGCUGUGGUAGACACUUUAAAUGCUAUAAUCAACAGAUUUGGUGAAGACAAAAACUAUGGGCAGAGGGUGUUCCUUUUAUUCGACGGAGUGCAUUACGAUCCAUUGUAUUUAGAACAAUCUGAUGGCGGCAUCCAAACGGUGUUUCCAGCAGAAGAUAUGGACAUAUAUAGGGAAGCGGAACAACUGGCCCACGAAGCGAAAUCGUCCCGCCAAUUCACAGAUCUAAACAAAUUCACACUCAAAUGCGUUGUGUGCAACAAAUUACUAACAGGACAGGCCGAGGCUCAGAAGCAUGCGAAAGAAACAAUGCACACGAACUUUGGUGAAGUCUAGCACACAAUAGGACUGUAUAUUUAAUUUAAUUAAUCAACCUUAUUAUGUUGUACGCUAUGCGAUAUUUCUUAGCUCUCUCAACUCUGUGAGUUACUCCAAUAUAUUAUAAUAUAAUAAUAUCAUCAUCUUCAUCAUCUUCCUACCCUUAUCCUAAUCAUUUGGGGUCGGCGUAAUAUGAUAUUAUCCAUAUUACAAAAAGAUUUGGUUAUUAAUUUUACGACCGGCCACCUGCCUGACGUCAACCCUCUUUGGGAGUUAUAUAAUAAUAUAUUUGAUCUAUUUUAGUAUUGUAGUACCGUCAGCAAAAACAUCACAAACUGAUUAAUACACUAAAUCGAUGUUCUAAUACAUUUAGUGCCUGAAUUAUGUAGUAUAUGCACUUAUAUAUAUAUGCUUGGCAUAUUUAGUAAAUAGUAUAGAUAUAUUUUUUAUUGAAAUUGCUCAUCUUUUCUUACCAAUAUAAAAAAUUAAAUAACUAGAAGAUGGCUGUAGAUGUGAGAUAUAAGAGAAGAAAAAAGAAAAUGAAGUGUCUUAAGACUAAUAGAGGUUAAAAUAAUAUUUUUUUAAGAAAUUUGUCUAUCUGUGUUAAUCUGUGUUUGUUCGGAUACCAUAUAAAAGCUUUUUCGUCAAAUUGGAUCCGGUUUUCACAGUUAUGUUUAUAAAGGUGUAAUUUAGAAUAUGGUAUAUUUUUUAUUUCGGUACGCCAUUUAAAAAAGUUCUAUAUGAAUUAUUUAUUAGCUUUUAAAUCCAUGCAUACGAAAUGGCUGGCAAAAAGCUAAUUUAAAAAUAAGAUUAUAAAAAUUCUAGUUAGACAAUAAUACAGUAUCGAUUAACGCCUUUUCUCAACGUUUUUUUUAUUUGCUGAUGGUUCUACCACGUCAAUUCUGUAUAUUUAUUAUAUAGUAAAAUGAAUUUGGUGGUGAAAUAUCGCAUUGGGUACAAAUAUUAUUUUUAUUAUGUAAUCUUUGAUUACUAUAUAAAUGUUACUUGCUAUUAAUAGGCAGAGUAUUUAUUUAUUUCUCUCUUUCACAGUGUAAAGAAUCUCAAAGUGUAUUUCGACCUUAAUAAUUAUAAAUUGACAAUAUAAAAGAGAAAGAGACAUACAAGAGCGAGAAAGCAAUGUGCGAGCAUUCCCUGUACAUUAUAAUAACCUGUAGUGGUUUAAUUAAUUGUUUUUGCGUUUUUAAUUUUUAUUUGAUUUAAGUGUAUAUAGAAUGCAGUAAUCGGAUGUAGCAUGAAUUAGAAAUGAAGCCCAUGAAAUUGCAUAUUUUAUGUUAAAACUCUAUGAAUUAAAUCCUUAUGUCCUAAGAAAUUAAAUGCACUUACACGUGCAGUGCAAAGAAAUUUUGUCCUGCUAACGCUCAGGCUAUGGAAUGAGCUUAAGAGAUUACAGUAUGGGGUUCUUCAAAAUGGAUGUAUUGAGGUUUCUUCAGGGUCGGCAACGGGCACGUGACACCCCUAGUGUUGCAGGCGUCCAUAGAUUACAGUGACCGUUUACCAUCAGACGGGCUGUAUGCUUGUUUACCACCUUUGUGGUAUAAAAAAGUAAGUUCUCUAACCUAAUAUUUGUCGUAUAUCUUCGUUGGAUACUUCUGAUAGCCUAAGAUCCCACCUUUAAAAUCUGCAGGUAUAAUAUGGUUCCCAGGUGAAAUUAGGUAAAUAUUUUGGUAAAAUCGUUUAACUUGUCAUGCCUUUUGAUGAGAUUUACACCAAACGAAAGAUUAUUCUUUUCUAUAUAUGGAAAAAAAUACGGUAACAUAUGGUUUCCCAUGAAAAAGGUCGCAAGUAAGGGUUGUUGGCAUCUAAAAUUUUGUUUUAGAUGAUGGUGCUAUAGUUAUAGAAAAUUGGUUCCCUUUAAUAAAACCCAUGCUAAAUUUCUGUUUAGUAUAAUUCUGUGAUACUAUUUUUCUAUACGACAAUAUAGUUUGCCUAUAAAACAUUGGCCGCAAAUAAGUGUUACCACUUGGCGACUGUUACUUCUUAGAACUUCUGUCUUAUCUUCUUACAGACAACCUAAAUGUUUCUUUGAAAAGUCUUAUACCUGCAGAAUUUAGCAGCGGAAUCUCGGGCUAUGAAUGUUUAAUGCGUAAAUUGAGAUUUACACGAUCACCUAUGAGCCGAAGUUCGGCAAUCAAAAUCGGAAUGUUCCAAAAAAUCGAUUAUUCGUUUGAAAAUUUACUAAGCUGUAGUGAUUGCGAUGAUUAUUUUUGCAAUUGGCUGUCCAUAGUUUUUGGCAGCAUCAACGAUUUAUAAAUGUAAAAUUGGUGGUAUCUGUCUUCACGCCAUAUCCUUUAUGGGAUAGGCAGUAUCCAGUGCCAAAGGUAUACUUAUUUGCGAUAAUACGAUUCAUUCUUUGUUAAUGUAAAAAUUACUUAAGUAAUUGUUAUAAUUCUAAUGUAUUUUAUUAAUUCGAUUUAUCACUUUAGGUGUUUAAUGUAAGAUAUAAAUUAUUUGGAACAUAAUGUACGUUCAUGUGUAUUUAAAAAAAAAAUGAAUCUAAAUUGAUUCUUUGGGCACAAAAUAUAUUAUAAAAAUUGUCACCCUAUUUUUUGCUAUUACUAAAUGUAUAGAUAAUGUCCCAAAUAACUUAAUCUUAUGAUAUUCCAAUAAGGAAAUUUAUUUAAAUCAAUGCGAAAGUGGCGCCACCAACUACUUAAAUAACGGCAAAUAUGUAGUCUGUAGAACUCUACUGAUAAAAAGAGUGACUUUAAAAAUGAAUUUAUAACGGAGGGAAAGUAUUGUUUUUAACAAUUUAUUUUCCCGUAAAUUACCAUGGAGCAGGAUGAAAUUUUAUAACACAGUGGCGCCCCUGUCGCAAUAAAUUGGUAGUAAGACUUCUUUAUAUAAGUACUCAUAAGCUCUGCCUAUUUCAAGUUAUUGUAACAAGUUCCAAAUAUUUGUUUUCGAUCCGUUCACAUAGACAUUUUUUAACGGUGUAUAUUUUGUUUUGAUAGUAAUAAAUAUUAUUUAUUAUUU